CGUACUUCCAGCAUUUGAUUCCCCCCAAUUGUUCAGAAAUCCGCGUCUUGUGUUUUUGGUAGCGCGCCAAACGAGCAGGCGCAGAGCCCCGAUUCAUCAGCGGAAGAACCCACCCAGAAACCCCCAAUCUUUCGAGCUUUCCUCUGUCAUCCACAAUUCCUGAAACUCAUACUCUCUCCUGUCUAGUCGCGCAGUUCCCAUCACGACCUCUCCCCGUCACUGGGAAAUUGGAGAGCAGAGACUUCUUUCUCAUUUCCAGAAGCCGUUGGUUUGCAGAGAAGAUGAUAGAUGCGUCUCCUUUCUCUUCAUUGGAGGACGCAAUCUCAUUUGCAAGGCAGUUGUGGUUCAAAGAGUCCCGUAUACAAUCAUGGUUGGAUGCCUUCUCUGGACACAGUCACCUCUUUCGAGCCAUUCGUUAUGCCCCGGGAUCAAUGAUGAGGGAAAUGCUUCAUUGGGACCGAAAGUACCGGGCUAAAUUUGGGUUUGAGUUUAUAACAAGUACGGAAACAUGGUUAUCACAGGAAAUACUUGACGAGGUGAAGAUGGCUAGGAAAGGUCGGUACACGAAAAAGCCAAAAUCAGGACCAGGAUGUCAGCAACCUCUAACCGCUCCACCUUCGGGCUCAGGUUCCCACCAGGCUGACUCUCAAGUCCUCCCCGCUGGUGGUGACGGCAUCCCUCCAACUUCCCGCCCAUUUCGUCCGCCGCGCAGUGAACCUAGGCCUGCUACACAAAUGAGCGCAAAUAGCGUUCACAACUCGGAGCUAGGCCAGGAGACCCUUUUGGAGGCUAAUGCUCCAGAGGUAGAAUCUCGUGAUCAUGAAGAUGACGACCACUCUAGUGCUUCUGGAGCUCAGAGUCGUAAAAGGCGCAAGACUACAGAAUUUUGGACAGUUAAGAUAAUCGAUUCUGACGGCACAGUCAAGCCGGCAAGAUUAAGCGUGAGGGAGGCUAUGGAACGGCCUAAUGGGAGAAGGAUCGUGCUGAGAUUCAACAACGAAAUGCAGCCAAUUGGAGACGAGGCUGGACUGCUAAGUGGGGUGCUUGGUCUGCUUGGAUCUGACUACGCAAAAUUUCCUAUCGGUAAGGAAAGUUGGCACAAGGUUACCACUAAAAACAAGGUGUAUAACGAAUGUGUGAAGCAAAUUUUUCAUUUUGACGAAGAUAGUGAAGGUAGUAUCAAGAAAUAUAUUUUGCAAAGUAUGGGAAGGUCUUGGAAGGAAACUAGGCUGAGGUUGUAUAAUGCCUUCUACGAGCCAACAUUCACAUUUGAGCAGAAUAUCGAGCACCGUCCACCGGAAAUUGAUUGA